AUGUCCGCCGACCCUGCAAAUCUAGCAGCCAAGGGUGCCGCCGCCCUCUCCUCACAAGACUACCCCGCCGCCAUCUCCUACUACUCCCAAGCAAUCGAACGCAUCCCCACCUCCGUAGACUACUACAUCAAACGAUCCACGGCCUACCAACGUGCUUCAUCCUACUCAGAUGCUCUCUCAGACGCCGAAAUAGCUGUAGUCCUAGCUCAACGUAAGGGUAACCGGGAUCAGCUGUCUACAUCCCAGCUGCGAAGGGGUAUUGCCUUACUUUUAAUGCAGCAGUAUGGUGAUGCUGGUGCAUGUUUCGCAUGGGCUGAGAAGUAUAAUGAGAAGGAUAAGAGUAUUCCGUUUUGGCAGAAGAAGUUGGAAGUAGACCUUUCCAAGCUUUUGGAUGAUGAUGAUAGGAGGGAGGUUACGGUCACGGAAAUCCCAAAUAGGGAAAUCCCUAAACCUUCAAAACCUACUUCUUCGACUUCCGCGUCUAAAUCAGCAGGAGACAGCGGUAGAGUCGAAGAACUUCCCGAUGACUACGAAGAAUCAAAGAAGACCCAGAAAGUCGAAUCAACUCCCGCUGCCGUCGAACCACCAAAACCUACCGUCCCAGCCGGUGUCAGCACUCCAGCAGACAAAAUCCGCCACGAAUGGUACCAAACAGCAAACUCCGUCACCAUCUCCCUUUUCGUCAAGGGUGUCCCCAAGGAAUCCACAACCGUCGAGCUUGAGAGUAACUCUUUAUCGAUAACCUUCCCACUACCUUCCGGCGCCGAUUUUAGUUUCACCCUAGACCCUCUAUUCGCUACAAUCAAUCCUUCAACAUCAUACUACAAAAUCCUCGGUACAAAAGUAGAAUUCACCCUUCAAAAGGUCGAAACGAAUAAAAAAUGGGCUAGUCUAGAAUCAACCACAGAACCGGCCUCGGGAACCUCCACAUCGACCUCUACUGCAAAGAAAGAGGAUAAACCGCCAGUUUAUCCAACUUCUUCUAAAACGGGUCCCAAGAAUUGGGAUAAAGUCGUCGAUGACCUUGCUCAAUCUUCGAAAAAGUCAAAGACGGCCAGCGGAGAGAAGGAAAAUCAGGAUGACGAUAAUAUCGACUACGCAGAUCUUAACGAAGAUGAAUUCUCAGCUGACCCCGUUAACGGUUUCUUCAAGAAGCUUUACAAAGACGCCGAUCCAGAUACUCGCCGUGCAAUGAUGAAGAGCUAUGUGGAAAGUAACGGAACGGCAUUGAGCACUAACUGGGGAGAAGUUGGGCGUGGAAAAGUAGAGACGAGUCCUCCAGAUGGAAUGGAGGCGAAGAAAUGGUAA